AUGAUGAAGAAAUAUGAAAUGACUGAUCUCGGGUUACUGCACCAUUUUUUGGGUUUAAGUAUGAUACAAACUAAGUCCUACAUCUUCUUGCAUCAGAAAAAAUAUGCAAGAACAUUAUUGGACAAGUUUGGUUUUAAAGAUUGUAAAGUGGUUGCGACUCCACUUGCUAUGAAUGAGAAAUUAUCAAAGGAGGAUGGAAGUGAACAGACUGAUGAAAGGGUGUACAGACAGAUAGUUGGAAGCUUAUUAUACCUGAUAGCAACAAGGCCAGAUAUCAUGUUUGCUGCAAGUCUCUUAGCUAGAUAUAUGCAUGGACCUACAAGAAAGCAUAGGGGGACUGCCAAGAGAGUACUUAGAUACAUUCAAGGCACUCUUGACUAUGGCAUAGCAUAUGAGAAGGGAAAAGAAGCAAUGCUUGUUGGAUAUUGUGAUAGUGAUUGGUCAGGAUGUGAAGAUGAUAUGAGGAGUACUUCUGGCUAUGCUUUUCAUCUUGCAUCAGGUGUUUUCUCUUGGGCAUCAGUCAAGCAAAGCAGUGUAGCCCUAUCCACUGCAGAGGCAGAAUAUGUUAGUGUAGCAGAAGCUACUGCACAAGCAGUCUGGCUGAGGUUUGUUCUAUCUGAUUUUGGUGAGGAACAAGUUGAAGCUACUCCAAUUUUAUGUGAUAACACUUCAGCAAUAGCAAUAACAAAGAAUCCAGUACAUCAUCACAAGACAAGGCAUAUUAACAGAAUAUUUCAUUUCAUCCAAGAUGCUUUGCAAAAUGGUGAGAUUGAUUUGUUAUACUGUAGAACUGGAGAGCAGAAUGCAUAUAUCUUUACUAAGGCUUUGGCAAGGGAUCAGUUUGAAUAUCUAAGGAGCAAGCUUGGAGUCAUUUCAGCUAAACACUUAGAAGGGGGUGUUAAAGUAUAA